AAUUCUUCAGUUAUUCAAACAAAUCAAUAUAUACCGUUGUUUAAAUAUCUUCUGAAAGUGGCUUAGGAGUGUAUAACAUGAAUUUAAUGGCAUAAAGGAAUGUAUAUAUGACGAACCAAAAGCAAUAGGAUAUUCUUACUAGGCAUGUAGAGGCUUUUUGAUGACUUUUCUGCGCAUAAGUACGGAUUAACAGAGAUAGCUAAGAUAAUCAUGGCGGAAGGGGGUGUUAGACGUGAGGAGUUAGAGUCUGCAUGGAAUCCAAGCACAUGGGACCAAUGUGACACGUCAGAUACACCAGAUGAAGACAAUGAAUCAUUUAGUCUCUCUCAAAAAAUGGCGGGUUGUCACGUGAACGUGACAGACAAGUGGAUCACAAUAUACAGCAGAACCCCACUGAUUCCAAUUGAGAGCCUAAGCACUUCUAUAGAUGUGUGUAUGACAUUGUUGGGUUAUAGUGACAAAAUCCGACGUGCAAGAAUAGAAGCAUGCAAGCAGCACGAUUGUUGUAUGACAGCAGCUCGUAAGGGUGUACUAACCUGUCUAACCACGGGGAGUAAAGCCGAUGGUCUGACGUGCUCUUUCGAAAGUGAUAGGGACGAAAUGCGAAUUCUGGAUGGUGUCGUUUGUGUAGAAGAAGGGGUUGAUUCUAAAAGCAUCCCAAAAGAGACUACAGUGCUUCGACUAAACAAUCGUAUGAGUUAUCCAGGGCACGGGGUAUUGCUGCUGGAUAAAAACGUUCAAACGAUUCACCCAUUUUUGAAAAAGUCCCUUGAUUAUUUACCAAGUGGUAAUGCAAUUUUAAGCAGCGAUUUAUUUGUCAAGGCGUAUCCAAAGGGAAAGCCAGAAGGAGCUGUGAGGCAUGAUCGUGCCGGUCCAUCGAUGCCGAUGACAUGCAGGGGUGUAGUUCACAUUGACACAGUGUAUACAAUUCGUUGCAUCUGUCCCAGCAUUCUUAAUAAAUGGGCAGAACGAUCACGCAUAUGGCCACCACCAGACGUUGUCCAGAAGGUAAAAUCUUUGGGGGCAUUUAUGUCUCCCGUUGGUUUUAAAGGCAGUAGACAUAAGCAAAUUGAGUGGAGGAUAUGCUUCAAUGAAGGUGAAACUGAACUUGUUAGCAAUCUUAAUGAAACACAGGCUAAAAUAUAUGUGAUGUUGAAGAUGAUCGUUAAAGAUGUACUUCAGCCGUGCAAUAAAGAAAUCACAUCGUAUGCGUUGAAAAAUAUUGUACUAUGGUUAGCAGAACGGAAUCCACAACAUUCAUUCCAUGAUAGAACUUUGUGGGACUGGCUCCGCAAAAGCCUGUACAUUUUAAGAAUGGCUAUUGAUGGUCGUCAACUACCAUAUUACAUGAUCCCAGAUAGGAAUCUGAUGGAAGCAUGUGGACUGGAGGAUGCCCAGCAAACUGCGUGGGUAAACAUGAUAACGGAAAUGAUUAAAGAAGGACCGCGAAUGAUACUAAGAUUAAAGAAGAUGCGAACCAUCCUGCGCUCGAACCUGGAUACAGUAUUUUGGUUCUACAACAUGCGAACGGAGCUGGAGAUACUGAACUUAGAACUCACGAGCAGACACGAACGAGGCGCGGCAAGUCAAGAAGACAAUGAGAAAACUGCUGAGCAAAUGAAACGUGUGAAUGAAAUUUUAGUCGAGGUCCGUGAGAGGUCGCUUGUCAAUGGGAAUCGUGUCGAUGACCGAAGGGAAAUAUUUGACCUUGUGUUGGGUGACAUGGCUAAUGUAAAGCUUUUUGUUUGAUGAUAUGUUAUCUUGAAUAGUUUCACACGUAUUUGUAUACGACUGAAAAGGUCAACUGAAUGAAUGUAAACCAUAUUGAACACUUUUAACAAAAAAAUUAAUUCAUGUGUGACACAAAGAAUUUAUGUGUUUUAUUAUUGGUUGCUUAUAAGCACAUUUCAGAAUUCAGUUACUCAGCUGUAUCUUUUAGUUGUGCAUGUCUAAUAAAAACAUGUAAAAUGAUGUUUUAAUGAAAAUAUAAUAUAAUAUACUGUUAAUUUACUUAAUAAACAGGACUGGUCAGUGAUUUUGGAAACAUGUGUUUCGUAAUGAAUUGUCUUUAUUUAUUGUGCUGCUAUGCUUUAUAUUCGACUUCUUUUGUUUCAUUAUCGUUUAAAUUUAUUCAUUUUCGCUUAAAUCAUAUUAUUAGUUUUAUUUGAUGUAUCUAACGUAAUAACCUUUUUUCUUUACAUUAUACGUACUUACUAAGCUUAGGACAAAAUACAAAAUAGAACUUCAGCGUUUGUGAAAUCUCUACGUAGCUUAUGGUAAAGGUGCAUUAUGUAUAUAUUUUAUAGGGUAUCUUUUUGUUGUUUUGUUUACAUGUAGCCAUGUAUUCAUAUUUUGUUCUUGUAAAGAACACGUCAUAUUUGAACCACGAUCCAAGUGCAUCUUAGUAACAAAUGUUUUGUUCAAAUGAUUGAUGGAAAACGUAACACACGCUUUAUUAUUUCAUUGAUAUCAAUAGAUGGUCACCUAUAAGUAUUGACAUCUUUCAUAGUCAGUUUUUUUUAAUUCCUAUACAUACGUUAUUGUUUGAAUCUUAUACAGCAUUUAUUGUUUAAAUAAUUUUUUUAAUAUUUUUUGUAGGACAGUCAUGAAGUCCUCAAAUUGUUGUGUUUGAAAAAUAAGAAACUCUAUGGUAAAGCAUCUUUUUCACCUUAACAGAAUUUGUAAAAGGCAGCCCGCUGAAACACUUGAAUGUUUGGGUUGUUAAUAACUAGUUACUUGAUGAUGUUGUCUACCUAAUCCUUGUUUAAGUUUUUUUUAAGCUAGAUACUUGUCUUUGGACAUUAAUUAUUUAAGUGACCUUUCUAUUAUUCGAUGACAUCUAAAUUUAUGUUGUAUAACUUCAUUGUGGUAUUUACUAACAUAACACAUACAGGAAGAAUGGUUAUA